GAUAUGCUGGGAAUAGUAACAUGCCGGCAGGAGUCGUAAAUCGUAGUCGUCGUCUGGCGGACAGGGUAGCGUCCGACGACAGCUCAGCCAAGAGUUGGAAUGCAGAAAGGCGUGCGAAACUGUCGAGUCGACGUGCUGGACGCCUCGUGAAAGUGACAUUGGCGCCUUGUGAUACUGAUGCAAGAGGAGUCGCCUCAUAGAUUCACGGAGAGUUGCUUUUGAGAGCAUGAGAGACAUUGUCAAGCGAAGCCCAAGAUCGGGAGAGCAGCAGAGUAGGACAGCAGGUAAUAGAGGCGCAAUCUCGGAGAUGAGAAAAUCGGAUCAGAAGAUGGUGACGGGACCGCAAGAGUAUGGCAAGCUGCAACAGACUGUGAUGAUGAUACGCAUAAGAGCAGCAGAUUGCAGCAUGGAUAUGAAUGGAAUGUAAUCAGCGCUGUUGCCUCGUUCAGCUCAGUAGCAACAGUUCGGAG